CGCGGGGCCGGAGCCAGGGGGAGCCCAGCGCUGUCCCCUGCCCCCGGCGCGCCCCAGGCGGCGGAGGCAAGCAGCGCCCUGCUCCCCAGCCCUGCGCUCUGCCCUGCUGGGUGGCUGGCUGCAGCUGGGGGCACGUCUCCCGGGCUCCUGCAGAGUUCCCUGCGGCGUGUGAGGGCCGGCAGCGCUGGAGGGGAGCCCAGCGGCACCGGCUAGGGGAGGGUUUCUUCGCAUGGCAGUUCUGGGGCUGAUCGCUUCUUAAACCAAAGCAGCGGACCAGCCCCUUCCCCCCCAGCUCUACAGUGCGCCCAGAGGGGGGAGGCACUGAAGGACUUGUAGACCCGGCAGGAUCAGCUGCAGCGGGAAUCGGUGUGUUUUUGCUGGCGCCUGUGAGAAUUGAUCAGUGAAGUUACGGCUCUGCUUCCAUCUUGCAUCGUUGUGAGUGUGAGCACUGACAACUGUCCAGCUCUCUGCCUGCAAGCCCCACCGUUCGCCUGUGUACCGCUUUAUUGUUCAUAUCUAGGAUAGAGAAAAUAAUGGGGAGGAAACUGGAUCUGUCUGGUUUGACUGAUGAUGAAGCAGAGCAUGUCCUUCAGGUGGUUCAACGAGAUUUCAGCCUUCGCAAGAAAGAGGAAGAGAGGUUGAGUGAAAUGAAGCAGAAACUCGAUGAAGAGGGGAACAAGUGCAGCAUCCUUUCUAAGCAUCAGAAGUUUAAUGAGCACUGUUGCAUUCGCUGUUGUUCUCCUUUCACUUUUCUCAUCAAUAGCAAGCGGCAGUGCCAAGACUGCAAAUACAACAUCUGCAAGAACUGCAGCUCCUAUCAGAAGAAAGACAAGGCAUGGCUCUGCAAUGUCUGCCAGCAGGCUAGACUCCUAAGGACUCAGUCGCUGGAAUGGUAUUACAAUAAUGUGAAAAGUCGCUUCAAACGUUUUGGUAGUGCCAAAGUACUGAAGAAUUUAUACAGAAAACAUAGACUGGAGAGUGGAGCUUGUUCUGAAAUAAUAGGAGAAGGAAGCUUUUUUGAAGGAAGCGUAGAAAAUGAAGGAAGCGUUUGUGGCAGUGACUCUACUUUCUACAGACAGACAGAAGGACAUAGUAUGAUGGAUACCCUAGCUGUGGCCUUACGUGUGGCAGAAGAAGCAGUAGAAGAAGCCAUUUCCAAGGCAGAGACAUAUGGUGAAAGCCUGGACAAACAGAAUGAGGCUUGUUACUUACGGGAACAUAAGGAGGAGCUGAUUGAAGAGCUUGCCACUACCAUAGUGCAGAAGAUUAUAAGAAAGCAAAAAAGUAAAACUGAGCAGCCAGAGGCUGAUUUUGAUUGGCUGGAGUCCAGGAGCAAUGGUCUGGCAUCUGUUGCUGUUUCAGAUCAGAGCAUGCUGACUUUUCCAGGCAGUCGCAGGGGAUCCUACACAUUAUGGAGGUCUCAGUCUGCAUUUUCUCUGACUAGUGAAGAGACACCAAGCCAAGAUCUGGACCUAGCAUCUUCUAUGCCUGAGAUUCUUUGGAGACAGCAGAAAGGCCUAAUCAGAAGACAGAGGGAACACAAAUUGUCUGCAUUGCCCAGCUGGAAAAGUGUGGACAGACUGAAUGAAACAAGCCCACCUCCUGUUUUACAAAGCACUGAUGGGAACUGGGUGGCUUUGCAGAGCAUUUCAUUGCAUCGCCCUCGAAUGCUUGCCAAACCAAAGAGCCAAGUAUUCAAAGCGUUGGAGAAUGAAUCCAGUGUCGUCUCUGCUUAUGACGAGAUGGGCUCAGAGAGUGAGGAUGACUACGACUGGAAUGUGGCCUUGAACAAGCUGCGUCGGAGGCCCAAGCAGUUGUCAGAAGAGUCAUAUUGUACCGAUUCCCAGUACAAUACAGAAUGGGUUUAUGGCAGUGAUCAGUACCAGACAAUGACCUCACCUUCAUCUGGGCUGUACACCAACACCGAGACGAUGUAUUCUGAUUCUGAAACAUCUUCAGUAAAUUCCUCAUGGGAGGCUAGAGAAUCUAGCAAGCUUCCCUGGCAACAAAGGAGAACUCAGAGUGACAAAUCCGGAGUGGAAAAAGCACAUUUGCAUGGAGAACUGGAUGUAAAUUUGAAUCCACAGGCUGACAGUUUAGAGUAUUCAGAUAGCAGUGGGACUGAGGAAGUCCAUUAUGAUUUAGAAAAGAGGUCUAGAAGGUGGAGAAAGAGCAAAAUUGUUGCAGAAGAAUUAAGUGAAGGCAAAAAUCACACGAAAACCCACAAGAAGAAUUUGAGCAUAAAUCAGUUUCCUGAGGCUGUAUCGGAAGCUGAUGUCAGCAGUGAGGAUCGACACCAUAAAAUCAAGACAGACCUUAUCGAAGAAAAACUUAAAUCCAAGUUAUUUGAACUAGCUGCUAAAAUGAGUGACAAAGAAACGUCUUCUGGUGAAGAGCAGGAGUCAGAGCCUAGAACAGAAUCGGAGCACCAAAAGGAAAGUUUGUCCUCAGAAGAAAAUGGCAAAAGCAUUCAGGAAGAGUUGAAGAAGAAGUACUCUGCUGUCUCUCUCUGCAACAUAUCUACAGAGGUCCUAAAAGUCAUCAAUGCCACGGAGGAACUGAUAGCAGAAUCCACUGGUCCCAGUGAUUUCCCAGCAGAGACUCAUAACAGAGGGAGAGAGGCAUUUCCACUCGGUACAGACCCUCUCAGACUGGAUGAGCAGCUCACCACACUGGAAGAAAAUGUGUACCUGACAGCAGGCACUGUGUACGGGUUGGAGGGUCAACUGAAUGAAUUAGAGGAUGCAGCACGUAAAAUCAACAGUGUUACAGCAGAAUCAGAACUGGCCGAUCUGGAGGAUCAGGUCGCCACAGCAGCAGCACAGGUUCACCACGCAGAGCUUCAGAUUUCAGAUAUUGAGAGCAGGAUUUCAGCUCUCACUGUUGCUGGCCUGAAUGUGGCUCCAUGUGUUCGCCUGACAAGAAAACGGGAUCAAAAGCAAAUGAAUCAGAUGCAAACAAUAGACACCUCAAGACAGCAGAGGAGAAAGCUUCCAGCUCCACCAAUAAAAGGUGAAAAUAUUGAUGCUUCUCCAGUUACUACUGUUAGAACAUUUAACAGAAACUUUAUGCUCCAAGGAUCUCUAACACAAAGAACUAAAGAGAGAAAAAGCACUGCCAAGGACUUGAUGGAACCAACCAUAGGAUCUGCUGUAAUGUACUAGACUUACAAAACUACUGCCAAUAACACACUGCCUAAGGCUGUACACUAGAGUGCCUUUAUUUAACAGCCAUUGUAUGUCCAGUAGAAAGUGGACCUUGGAGAACCCACAAUGCCUCAACAAUAGGGCUUUGUUUGGAUACCUCACUGAGAAAGCUGUCCAGCCUUGUGGUCUGCUAAUGGAAACUCUGCCUUAAAGUUCUCAUGAGGCUCCAGAAAGGAUACUGAGUUUCAUAAGCAAGGCUUCAUGUUUUAAGAUGCACUUUUCCCCCCAUUGAUUGUACUAAGUAUAUUGUCUUUAAAAUACAAUGUUUUGUAUACUUAAUUCAACCAUAAUUGUUGGUCAGUAUUUCAUGUGAAGAGAAAGGUAAAAUAAAAACCUCUGAUCCCUGUUUACUGGCAGGUGUGACACUGAGUUUAGUGUUUGUCAGGGGCAGCCCGUGACUAUAGGCGGACUUGGCCGCCGCCUAGGGCGCUGCCUUCAAUGGGGUACCCGAUGACGUCAGUCCAUUGACGGCCCUGCAGGUGGGGACACUGUUUGCGCGUUCCACCUGGGGCGCCAGCUGCCGUAGCCCGCCUCAGGCAGCUCCUAGUGUUUGUAUAUCAGUUCCAACAUCAUUUUCUGAAAGACCCUCUCUAUGCUGAUAGAGCAGCUUUGGCUGAAUUAUUAUUCUGUCUCCAGACCUGGGCUCUUUGGAUGUUAAAGGAGCAGUUUACAUUUGCAAUAGGCUGGCACAUUCCACCAUAGCAUACUGUGGUGGGGGACAUGCAUGUAUCAUGUCUACAAAAAGAUAAAUUCUGAAUUAUUAUUUUGGCAUCUGGAUGCAUCUGAUAACCAGUGCAAAAUCAUUACCUUGCACUUCUAUGCUUAGAAGCAUAAUCCGUUUUAGGAAGUGUCCUAAAUAUGUGUUACGCAUAGCAGGCGCAUCUCUGAAUGAAUCAUUACCAAAUGUUCAAAAUUACAAAAUUGAAGUAAAACCAAUGCUGUGAAUGAAUACUGUUUGAAGACUGUGCUUCCCGAAGCAUGUUUUUAAAUAAUAAGGGCUGGUAAAAAGGCUCUUAUACAGGUGCUAGGAGGGGGAAAUAGCACACGAGGGCACCUCACUUCCCCUCCCUUGCGUGAAGCAUGGAAGGGCCUUUCAGAACUGCAGUCCCUUUGCUUUGGGGAGCAUUGGGAUUGCUGUCUCCUGUAAGCUAGAGGAAGCAGAGAGGCAAUGGAGCUAUGGCACUGACCCACAGAGUAGCCUCCAUGCACAGAGAGUGCUCAGCUGGACUAAACAGAAGUGUAGUGGCAGAAAUGCUCUUCCUGCACCCCCAAGAGGCAUUCCGCUUCCAGAAGCGCCACUAAGAGCAGCACCUCUCUGUACCACUCCCAAUGCUGGUCAUUACUUAAUGGGCAGUUCAGAGCCCUAAGGAUCAGUUAGUUUAACUACAGAUAUCUUGAAAUAAAUUUAAAAAUAUGCAGUAAUGUAAAAGUGGGGGACAUAAAACAGCUUAUGCCUGAUUCAAAACAUUAUGGCCAAAAUUUUCAAAUUUGGGUGCCAAAACUUAGACACCUAGGUUUACAUAUAGGCUAUCUAAAGAAGAGCAGCCUGAUUGUCAGAAAUGAUGAGCAUCCACAACUCUCAUCGUCUUCCUCUGUAAUUCUGCAUGCUACUGAAAAUUGGGCAUACUCUGGAGAUAACCGAUUGGCAAUUUGGGCCUGAAUACUGAAGAGAUAGGAUAGUUUUGAUUUGUCAUUAGGCUUGGAUUCUGCACAAAAAGUAGGAAGCAAUUCAGACCUAGUGUUCAUUUUCUCCACGCCCAUCCAGACCUGUGUAGAGUAGCCAGAUAAAUGGUUCCCAUUUGAACCUUCUUCAUAAUCUGAAGUCUCCUCACCAGUGCAAUUGGAAUUGGUGAGGAGAAUUGGAUCCAAUUAGAAGUAUAGGAAGUAUAGAAGUAUAGCCAUAUUCCCAAGAAGUGAAUCUCCCCAAUAGUUCUGUUGACAUCUGUGGAACAAUGGCGAAUUAAACCAGUUGAAGAUCUAGUCCAUGAAGGUCACUCUGGGCCAAAUAAUGCCUGUGUUAUUCUCAUGCAGUCCUCAUUAUCUUCAAUUUAUUUGCACAAGUAUGAGGACAGAACUUGUGUUUUAAGUAUACAGUGUGUGUGUGUCUAUAUAAAAUACAUAUAUAUGUGUAUAUACACACACACACCAUCUGGUGAAAGAUUAAACAGAGUAAGAUGCCUAAUAUAUUUUUUCAUUAUUCAAUCUCCAUCCUGUAGACUGUUCUCUUAUACGUGUGCAAUACAUUCCCAGAUUUUUCUUUAUGCAGGUAGUGUGUCAUGAAAUGUCACUAAUAGUGGUUGGUUUACAUAUUUGUCUAAUAAGCUAAUACUGUGUGUAUAAUAUCAAUUCAGAAACUACUAAUUUUAAUAGAAUAAUGGCUUUUGUUCUGUUAGUGUGAUUUAAAAAAACCAGACUUGGAGUAGAAUGUUUUCUGUAAGAGGCAUGAAAAGCAACUACUGUUGUGUUACAUUGUUAAGUUGUCUUUGACAAAAAUGUGUAUUGUGUAGGUAUAGCAAAACAAAACAAAAAAAAAACACCCUGCCCUGCUACAAAG